AGUCAGAAAUCUGAAUCAGCUGCGCAGGUUCUCUGUGUAUGGAGUUAAGGAUUUUCCCUGGGGCAAGUUCCCUAUUCUCCGCAGUCCUUUGCAGCUCUUCUUGGUGCCACCCUCCCAGUGGCACUCAGGGUCUGAGCUCUCCUGCCUGCCUGGUUUUCCACUCUAGCUGCUUUCAGGCGUGGGUUCCCUGCAAUUCUAGUCAGCUCCCAAGGACCCAGAAGUGUCCCCUUGCUCCCUCCAGAAGCACUCCUUGCUCACUCCCUGACUCCAGCAGGUGCACUCGCUCUAGGCACCUAAUGUCCGAGCUCUCUCUCCUGCUGAGGUUUUCUGCCUAGCUGCCUUCAGGGAUCCCUUGACACCAUAAUGGCCAGUUUCAAGGGCCAUGCCCUCCCAGGGAGUUUCUUCUUGCUCAUUGGAAUAUGGUGGUCAUUGAAGUACCCAUUCAGACACCUAAGUCAAAAAGGAAAAAGCAGAAAGAGGAACUUAUAUCAGAAGAUCGAGAUCAUCGAAGCAGGGAUCAGGCUCGCUUUUGCUAUAAUCGGGAUGCUUGCUGAGCAGUUUACUCCAGAAGGGGAUGGGCCCAAAUUGCACCUGUACAAUGACCAAGACUGGAUAAAACUGAUGAACUGGCAGCAUACCACCAUGUAUUUAAUGUAUGGGCUCUCUGGUCUGAUGGACAUGCUCACCAUUCUCUUCCCUGAUGUCCCUCUGGGGCUGGACCGGCUAGUGAUGGCUUUGUCUGCCAUCACUGAAGGUAUCCUCUUCUAUUAUCAUGUGCAUAAUCGGCCACCAUUGGACCAACAUAUCCACUUUUUCCUGUUAUUUCCAUUGUUUGGAGGGGCCAUUUCCAUUUUCAUAGAAGUGUUCCUCAGGGACAAUAUUGUUCUGGAGCUCUUCCGAACUACCCUCAUUAUUACCCAUGGCUCCUGGUUCUGGCAGGUUGGCUUUGUGCUGUACCCACCUUUUGGAAGUCCUACGUGGGAUGAAACAUCUCACAGCAAUAUCAUGUUUAUUACCAUGUGUUUCUGCUGGCACUAUAUAGUUUCCAUGGUUAUUGUAGCUAUCAACUACUCUCUGACUUAUGGUCUAAUAAAUCGGAUGAAGAGAUCCCAAGGUGAAGAAAACAUUGGGAUUCAAAAGCUGACAUCCAGUUACAACUCUCAACAAGCCCUUCUGAAUGAUACAGAUGAGGAGUGAGCCUCAAGAGUUGGGAGAACCCAUUGUGAGCUCAAGCAGCUGGAACCCAUGCUCACAGCUCCCUCCCUCCAUGUAGCUCAUGCUCAGUUAUGUAAUAACUGUGCAGCUCUCAGGGACCCCACAGCCCUCAGUUACCCAUCUCCAUUCUUGUAGUUUGCAAAGUUGUGGACUUUAAAAGGAGAAUGGUGGCUUUUGAUUGUUGAAUGUUUUGACCUUAUUUCUGUCUUCUUAAAAGUACACUAGCAUUUGUUUGUGUUCUGAGACACUGUCCAGAAAUGAUUACUCCUUUCCACUACAUUGAAUCCCUCUACUUCACUGAAUUGUUGGGGUUGGGGAUACUUUGUCUAGUAGAAAAUUAGGAAUUGUAUUCAAACUCAGGGAUGGAAAAAUUUGAUUGCUUAAUAUGUAUUCUUAUUCCCAAUGAUUCAGGACCAGGUUAGAUGCCUUCUGUAUGUAUCUUAAUGAAUUGUUUAGUUGGUUUUUUUAUUAUUAUUAUUACAAACCAGGUUUCUGUGUGGUAUCAUUUGUAUUCAAAGGUUAAAAAAAUUAUUUCCAUAAUGGGCAAAACUAUGCUGUUUGGGAAGAGAAAUUAUUGUAUCUGGGCACUCAAAGAAACAUUAAAGAUUAAGAUUAUCAGUAAGCAUUUAUUAA